ACACCGGAAGUUGUCAUCAGAGCAGAUAGCAGCUAGCGGUUUGUGUACAAAGAUUUGAACGGGUGUGCAUUAAACAGAGCAGCUUACUGACUGUCAUUCAGCAGCUGAGUGGCUGCGUUUCUAUCAGCUGUUACCGUGGAAACGUUCCUGUCAAGGUAAAGGGCAUAGAGGUAGAUGAUGUCAGACACAAAGGAGGAGGAGCAGACGGAGCAGACGGUGUCUCUGGUGGACGUCCUUGAGGAGGAUGAGGAGUUGGAGGAAGAAGCUUCAGCUGUGCUGGCAGGAAGCGACUCUGAUCACUGUUCAUAUCCUCAGGGCUACGUGAAGCGGCAGGCUCUGUACGCCUGUCACACAUGUACACCACAUGGAGGUGAAGCAGCAGGCGUGUGCUUGGCGUGUUCAUACAAAUGUCAUGAAGGUCAUGACCUCUACGAGCUUUACACCAAGAGGAAUUUUCGCUGCGACUGUGGAAAUAAAAAGUUCACUGAUCUGACGUGUAAACUCUUCCCCGAAAAGGAUGACGUCAACCAUCUGAAUAAAUACAGUCACAACUUCUUUGGAGUUUACUGCACCUGCAGCCGACCAUACCCCGAUCCAGAUGACCAGGUGGAGGAUGAGAUGAUUCAGUGUGUGGUUUGUGAGGACUGGCUCCAUGGCAGGCACCUGGGGUCAGAGGUUCCAGACUGUGUGGAGCUUCAGGAGAUGAUCUGCGAAUCAUGCAUGAAAAAAAACACCUUCCUGUGGACAUAUGCUGCUCACUUGGCAGUCCCUAGUGCAGGUGUUGUGAAGGAGGAGGGCGGAGCAGAUAAAGGUGUUCCUGUGAAGGAGGGUGAAGCAGAUAAAGGUGUUCCUGUGAAGGAGGAAGGUGAAACAGACGAAGCUAAAACAAAUGAAGAGGAGAAGGAUGAUGAUGUCAACGAGCCCAGCCGUAAACGGAGCCGCACAGAGGCAGAGCCAAGCUGCAGACUGAAAGAGUGGCAAGCGACUGAUCAGAAAAGAGUCCAGUCAGGAGCGGUUUUCUGGCCUUCCGGGUGGCGCACCAAACUUUGCACCUGCAACACCUGCAAGGAGCAACUGACUGAAGGAGGCUUAUCCUUCCUGUAUGAUGAGUCAGACACGGUGCUCGCCUAUGAGAAUGAUGGGAAGAAAAACGAACAAAAAUCAAGAGGUCAUGACCCUCUGAUGUCAGCGCUUGACAACCUGAACAGAGUUCAACAGCUGGAGAUCAUCCAUGGAUAUAAUGACAUGAAAUCAGAGCUGAAGGACUACCUGCAAAGAUUUGCAUCUGAAGGAAAGGUGGUAACACCUGAGGAUAUCCGUCAGUUCUUCGAGCAGCAGCAAACUCGCCGGCGACGCAUCGAUGGCAGCAGCUUCUUCUCCACCUGAUGACCUUUCACCUUUGCUGACCAUCUGACUGGAAUCGCCCUCCAUCUUGAUUUUUGUCCCUCCUUUGUGUUUCUUUUGCUUCACACUUGUCUGUUCUCCUGUGGUUGUCUUUUCUUUGUGUUUGUCAUUGAGGUUUUAUAAAGCUUUUAUCGUCUGGUAGCUGUUUAUGAAAAGGUCGGGGGUCAUCAUUAUUCUGUGUUUUUUCUUAAUUAAAAGUGAUUUAAACUAAAGACAAAAAUACAAAACAGAGUCUGCUUUUCUUGCUGGUCACAGCUUUGAUCGUCUACAUUGUUGUCCAAAUACCGCAGAUUCCUCUUGGCUGCUACUGACCAUUCAUGGAAAAGAAGGCUAGGAAGGACAUGACAAAGAACAUGCAGAAGCCCAGUCAUCUUUAAAUUUGCCAGUUAAAACCAGUUAAAGCCUCACUGCUCUGGACCAGCUAGAGGCAGGGGAGUCAUUUUUGGUGAUACCAGAGAGGGACAGCAGUCUAGUCAUACUUCUCCAUGCCAGCAGAGGGCAGUAUGGAUUGGACCUUAGAAACUGUUAAUAUGAAUCAAGCAGGACUGGCUGGGUCGUUCUGAAGAGCUCAGUGACUUCAAGCAUGCUGCUGUGAUGGAUGCCACCUUUGUAAUAAGACGGUUGGUGAAAUUUCAACCCUGCUUGAUAUACCACAGUCAACC